AUGACUACCAUAGCAGACUUAAACUUUGUGCUGAACACAUUAGUUCAUGUACAACUAUGCUCCUUCGAGCCUCAUUCGUCGAACCGACAAUCGUCCAUUACUGACACACAAACGGAGAUGGAGUUGACCACACAAACCAAGGAGCUACGAAUGGACAGAGGGCAGCCUAAUACAUCAAACACGAACUAUAAACUUAAAUAUUUAAUCCGCAUAAUCUCUAGUGAUGGGUGUUCAGACUCCGCCAAAUCACACAGUAUCUCCCUCAAGAUGACGCAGGGGUCACGUUCGCAAUCUAGUUUGUUACGCCGCUGUUAA